AUGGAUUCACGAGAACUCAUUGAUGCGCAAUUUGACCGCGCGGUGGAGAUAGUACAAGGUCUACCGAAGACAGGGCCUAUACAGACCGGAUACGAGGAGAAACUUACGAUGUACAGUUUAUACAAGCAGGCGACCGUUGGUAACGUCAAGGGCCCCCGACCUGCUAUGUGGGAUAUGCUUGGACGAGCCAAAUGGGAUGCAUGGGCGAAGCACAAAGAUUUGGACACGUACGAGGCAAAGUGGCUCUAUGUGGACGCGCUGUUGAAGGUCCUCAGGAGGUAUUCCGAUAAGACCGUAGCAAAGGAUAUUGUUCGUGAACUCGAAGCCUUUGGUGGAGACCCGUCCAACUUGGUUUUAAGCGGUUCCUUGUCGCGCUCUCCUGGCUCCGAAUCAUCGGGUUCUACUGUUUCGGACGAUGAACCCUCAUCCUCUCGACCAGUUUCGCUUGCGAACCCGCAAGCACUUCAAGGACUUCGUACACUUGGGAACUCAUCGGGAGAACAUCCACUCGAAGAGACGACGUCCGAGGAAGAGACUGACGACGAAAUACCUGCCCCCCUCCAACCGCCAUCGCAUGAUAUCCGUUACUCUAAUUUCCAGCGACCACAGUCGUCCCUUUCCUCGCACCGCUACCGUACUCCUCUAGCUGGGUCAAUGGCGAUGUCACCCCCACCACCUGCCGUGCAACCGCAUCCUGGCUUCGAAACUCCGUCUGCAUUCCCCGGACCUUCAUCUCCUACUGUCUCCGGUUACCCGGCCCCAACCACGUUCAGCGGCCCUCAGGCUGUGUCAUACCAGCCAAACUUAUACAGGCCUGCACAGGCAUCACCGAGGCCAUAUGUCCCGCAAGUGCCUCAGCGCAUGCCUUUGGAGCGUGCAAUCGAGAACAUGCAAGCACAUCUUGCAGCGCUCACGGAACGGAUCGAGCUCAUGGAACUCACCUCCGGAGUUGCUCAACGAUCGCGUUCGUCGCUGGCUGCCAGUCGAACUCCGUCCUCGCCGAAAACACCAGGCGAAGGCUCGGGCGAAGGGGAAUGGUACAGUGAUCUUGGGAUGUGGACGCAUGUCCUUCGGCCUCUAGCGCAAUGCAUCGAACGAUUGCGGGAAUUUCUUCUAAAUCAGCAACCUGAAAACCGCUCUCCGGCUUUCUUCGUCAUACGUCGGCUCUUCUUGGAUAUCAGCUUUUUGAUGUGCCUCCUUAUGGUUGUCAAAGGCUUAUGGCGGGCAACAGGAGUGCGAAGGCGGGAGGUGCAACGAGCUCUCGUGAUUUUGUGGCGAGCAGUGGUCGGAUCUAACGUCAAGUCUCCUAGAGUCAUGACGGAGCGCGGGGUAUGA